AUGCCUCGUCCGGUUCUGGGAUUACAUGAUAUCCCAACAGUAUCGGAAUUGUACCGAACUGCCAACCUUGGUCAGAGGCCUACCGAGCGGACUCCAGUGCAGUCCAUCAAUGAUAUUGUCUCAACCAUUAGCUACGAUAUCACCAAACUUGAGGUUGACUGCAUUGUGAAUGCUGCCAAUAGCUCAUUGCUUGGUGGUGGUGGGGUAGAUGGUGCUAUUCACAGCGCUGCCGGCCGCGAACUUUUCAAGGAAUGUGCUACCUUGAACGGAUGUGAGGUCGGUGAUGCCAAAAUCACCUCUGCGUACCGGCUGCCCUGCCAGAAAGUUGUGCACACUGUCGGCCCAAUCUACGACAAAGAGUUCACCAGAGAUUCUGAAAGCCCCGAGACCUUGCUCCGCUCCUGCUAUCGCCGCAGUCUUGAGGUGGCUGUUGAAAAUAAUAUGAAGUCGAUCGCAUUUGCAGCUAUCAGUACUGGUAUCUAUGGCUACCCCAGCCAGUUGGCUGCGAUUGCUGCCGCCGAUGAGGUGCGCAAGUUCUUGGAAUUACCCGAGAAUAAGGACAAGCUGGAACGAGUGAUCUUCUGCAACUUCGAGAUCAAAGACGAGACGGCUUACAGGAGGGUUCUUCCUAAGGUAUUCCCACCUACGAAGGAGGACUUGGCUUCAGCCGAAGAGCCUGCCAACGAGACAGAUAGGGUCUCGGAGAACUAUUUGCCUCCCAAGAAAGAGCUGGCUCAUCAGGAAGAUGUGGCCCUAGAAGAAGAUUCGGACUCCAUGGAAGAUGUGGCUGCCAAGGAAGACCGGCCUCUCAAGGGCGACUCGAACCUUGUCGAAGACGUGGCUUCCAAUUGCGACCUGCCUCCCAAAGAAGACCGAGCUUGUAAGGAUGGUGUGCACUCCAAGAAUGAUGUGUCCACCAUGGAUUAA